GAGCCCGCAGCAUGUGGAACGCGACGCCCAGCGAGGAGCCGGAGCCCAACCGCACGCUGGCGGACCCAGACUGGGACGUUCCGGCCAACAACGACUCCCUGGCCUCCGAACUGCUGCCGCUCUUCCCCGCGCCGCUGCUGGCGGGCGUCACAGCCACCUGCGUGGCCCUGUUCGUGGUGGGCGUCGCAGGCAACCUGCUCACCAUGCUGGUGGUGUCGCGCUUUCGCGAGUUGCGCACGACCACCAACCUCUACCUGUCCAGCAUGGCCUUCUCCGACCUGCUCAUCUUCCUUUGCUUGCCCCUCGACCUCGUCCGCCUCUGGCAGUACCGUCCCUGGAACUUUGGUGACCUGCUCUGCAAACUCUUCCAGUUCGUCAGCGAGAGCAGCACCUAUGCCACGGUGCUCACCAUCACCGCGCUGAGCGUCGAGCGCUACUUCGCCAUCUGCUUCCCGCUGAGGGCCAAGGUGGUGGUCACCAAGGGCCGGGUGAAGCUGGUCAUCCUGGUCAUUUGGGCCGUGGCCUUCUGCAGCGCCGGGCCCAUCUUCGUGCUCGUCGGGGUGGAACACGAGAAUGGCACCGACCCCCGGGACACCAAUGAGUGCCGCGCCACGGAGUUCGCGGUGCGCUCUGGGCUGCUCACCGUCAUGGUGUGGGUGUCCAGCGUCUUCUUCUUCCUGCCGGUCUUCUGCCUCACUGUCCUCUACAGCCUCAUCGGCAGGAAGCUGUGGCGGAGAAGGCGCGGCGAUGCGGCGGUGGGCGCCUCACUCCGGGACCAGAACCACAAGCAAACCGUGAAGAUGCUGGCGGUAGUGGUGUUUGCUUUCAUCCUCUGCUGGCUACCUUUCCAUGUAGGAAGAUAUUUAUUUUCCAAAUCUUUUGAGCCUGGCUCCCUGGAAAUUGCACAGAUCAGCCAGUACUGCAACCUCGUGUCAUUUGUCCUCUUCUACCUCAGUGCUGCCAUCAAUCCCAUCCUGUACAACAUCAUGUCCAAGAAGUACCGCGUGGCAGUAUUCAAACUUCUGGGAUUUGAAUCCUUCUCCCAGAGAAAGCUCUCCACUCUGAAAGAUGAAAGCUCUCGGGCCUGGACAAAGUCGAGCACAUGACCAAACUUCUGCUGAACACAGUCAUCGCUGAUCACUCUCAACGGAAGCCAUCACACAGCAGAGCUUGGGAAGAAGCUGAAGGUCAGUUUGGGAAUUAGGGACACAUUGAUCUAGAAGCACCCAGGGGAAUGAAAAGAACGAACCUGUAGGGUAUGAGCAGUUUGAUUCAACUGCGCACUUUCACUUCCUUCGUACACUCUUCCUACACUUCCACCGACUAUGAUUUCACCUUCUGCUGGUGGUGCUUGUGAGGACUUUGCAAUUUAGAGAAAGGGGGAGCUGCAGAGGGGG